AUGUCUGACCAGAUUACCCACCCUACCAUCAAGGACGGAUGGUUCAGAGAAAUCUCUGAUACUAUGUGGCCCGGCCAAGCCAUGACUUUGAGGGUCGAAAAAGUUCUUCACCACGAACAAUCCAAGUACCAAGACGUCUUGAUCUUCAAGUCUACCGAUUACGGCAACGUCUUAGUUUUGGACAACGUUAUCCAGGCCACCGAGAGGGACGAAUUCUCAUACCAAGAAAUGAUUACUCAUCUAGGUUUGAAUUCGCACCCGAACCCUAAAAAGGUGCUAGUUAUUGGUGGUGGUGAUGGUGGUGUAUUGAGAGAGAUUGUCAAGCAUGAGUCUGUUGAAGAGGCCUGGUUGUGUGACAUUGACGAAGCUGUCAUCAGAUUGUCCAAGGAGUACUUGCCCGAAAUGUCUGCAUCGUACUCUCACCCUAAGGUUAGAACUCACAUUGGCGACGGUUUUCAAUUUUUGAGAGACUACCAAAACACCUUCGACGUUAUUAUCACCGAUUCUUCCGAUCCUGAAGGUCCAGCCGUGACUCUAUUCCAAAAGGCUUACUUUGAACUUUUGAACAGUGCUUUGACUGAAAACGGUGUGAUUACUACUCAGGCUGAGAGUAUCUGGUUGCACUUGCCAAUCAUCAAGGAUUUGAAAAAAGCCUGCUCCGAGGUCUUCCCAGUUGCUGAAUAUGCGUUCACUACCAUUCCAACUUACCCAUCCGGCCAAAUUGGUUUCAUGGUGUGUUCUAAGAAUAAGAACGUUAACGUGAUGAAGCCUUUGCGUGAGAAAUCCGAAGAGGAAGAAGCCAAACUAUAUAGGUACUACAGCAAAAGGAUUCACGAGGCUUCUUUCGUCCUUCCUACCUGGGCUGCCAAAGAGUUGCAACUGUGA